CUUUGACACGAAUUAGAGUAUGUCCGCCACUCUACGGGAAUCGGUCCAACUGGACCUUUUCGAAGCAGAUAUCGUCAAACUGAUUUUGGAAUUUUUGGAGAAACGCGAGUUGGCCAUCUCAAUGCUGUCCCUGGAACGUGAAACAGGUCAAGUCAAUGGUCCCUUCAACGAAGACAUUUUAUUUUUUAGACAGUUGAUUUUGGAAGGCCAUUGGGACGAUGCGUUGGAUUACUUGGAACCCUUACGUGGACCCCCCGUUGAGAUGGAUUUGCGGGAGCCGAGGUUCCUACUACUGAAGCACAAAUAUUUGGAAUUGUUGUGCCUUCGAUGUGGUACUAUCAGCACUUCCACCGCUGUCAAUGGCGGGACACCGGCAGCAGAAGCUGGUGAUUCAUCGGACUACGCUGUUGAGAAUGUUGUGGACUGUCUGAAACAGCUGGAACCGGAAUGUUCCAGUCAAGCAGAGUAUCGUGAUUUAGCUCUGCUUCUCACCUUGCCUCGGUUGGAUCAGCAUCCAGCCUAUCGGGAUUGGAAUCCAAGUCUGGGUCGCCUUCACUGUUUUACCAAACUAUUCCCUCUUGUCAAAGUUGGUCACCUGUUGCCCGUGUUACUCCUUUUCAAGAUCUACCCGCUGCUUGAACCGUUUGUGCGUCUGAGCAAACCCGAAGCGGCUGCGGAGGAAGUUGCACGCGGCGAUCGUCUAGUCCGGUUACUUGUGAAAGGUCUACUGUACGAAGCAUGCGUGGAUUACUGUGCUCUUAUGGCUACCGAGCGAAAAGCGGAAAUGCAAGUUACCACUUUGCUUGGAGGUGACAUUGAGGAGGAGGAAGAAACGGAACGGCGAUAUUCUUCUCUACCCAGCACCACAGCGGGAGCGAGUGGGGACGCAUGUUCCACGCCUUCCGGACGUGUUCGUCAGCCCGUACCUCCUGACCUAUCGCUGAACUCCUGGCUUCAAUCUUUGGGACCAGCAAGUUUUGCCCAACCUUUUCAAUCCUGUGAAUUGAACCUUCAAGUUCACCCGAUGAAUCGCCCUAAACUCGAACCAACUCUAUGGCCUGAGCACAUUCUGGCCGAGCCCACGGUGAAACCUCUGGUAUUUCCUUACACGCAUGUCCCAGCAGCUACUUCUGGAUUGAUCAACUCGAGUAUGUACCGGUCUGGUAUGUCACCACGAAUGGCAGCCUUGCGUGGACGUCUGCAAGGCCCAGGUGGUGAACUUGUUCAAAGUUUGUGUCCAGCUUAUGAGGGCCUAACAUGUGGAUUACUCCGUUCGGCCAGUGGUAGGCUAACUACGACGGGGGUGAAUGGAGCUGCGGACGACGACAGUGGGAUCUAUUCGUUUGUACGUACUGCUGGCCUAUCUAGUCAUUCUAAACGCGUGCCUCGUCUCAUGACUCACUCUAUGUCCGGAUUCCGCCUUCCACCGAACCCGAAUGCGCCGUACUCGGGAGUAGCACAGUCUGUCCAUUCUGGUAAUGACGUAAGACAAGAUUCCACUGUUUCAGCAAACAUGCAAGCCUCCGUGGAACGACUGUUUGCCGCUCAUGGUCAAAUGUCCUCAAGCUCAUAUGGCCUCAAUCCGAAUCCGAGUGUUGGAGCGGAUACUACAAUGUCUUCCAGUUUGCGCGCCUCUACUCUGUUAUCACGUCCAGGUACUGGUCAGAUGCAGGCGAUCGCCGAAGAACCUCACUCGGAAACCUCACAGGGUGCUCUGGAGCCCGCAGCAAAAGCAUUACAAUCGCGGACGGCCAAUUCGGGCAGCACUGUUGUGUCUGGCAACCAGUCAGAACAGUCAAAUUCUAUGCAAAGUUCCAUCAUUAUAGAUCAGGAAAUUGAAUCGCACGAACUCGGUUCCCGUGCUGGUGACCUUUUGCAUGAAUUUCAGAAACGGCGUUUGGAUCGAGAGAAUUCCCAUAUUGUAGAGGUCUCGCACGACUCCACACCGGUACCUUCACCGGCUCAUGCAGUAGAUGGCAGACCUUUUGACGACAUACUUGAGUCCAACGCUCCCAAAGUCAUCAACAACAGUAACAGUACGGAUUAUCGCCCAAUCCGAACCAGUAGUCCUACUAUUCCCAGCUCUCGGACUAGCAGACGCACACAAGCCUCGACAGAUGAUGGCUCUGGACCCAACAGCCCCCGUUAUCUACAAGUAACCGUUCUAGAAGACAGUCAAGCCAUACGCUGUGUGGCGUUUCACCCCACUGGUCAGUAUUACGUGGUCGGAUCGAACAGCAAAUUCCUUCGUGUUUGUCAGUUUCCUGAAGUGGAGAAUCUUAGUGCUGAUCAUGUCGCCACCGCUCCCUUCAUUGUGAUGCGUCGCCCGAAGUACCAUCGUGGCAGCAUUUAUUGUGUUGCAUGGAGUCCAGAUGGACGCUUGAUUGCUUCUGGGAGCAACGAUACCACAGUUCGGAUGUUGAGCGUCGAUCCCACCACGGGACUGCCCGAAGCAGCGAACGGAGACCCCAGCGUGGCGAAUACGGCGGGUCAGUGUGUGGAAUUACGGCACCACGAUGGCACCGUGCGUGAUUUGGCUUUUUUGUUACCGUCACACUCAUUAGAUGUUUCGGCAAGCAAUAACUCCAUCCGCAUGUCGAAUGCCGCCACAGCCAGUGUUCAUCUACUUACUGCCGGUGCUGGCGAUGCUCGGAUUUGUCUAGUCGAUUGUUCCCGCAUCGUGCAGACUGAUCCGAACCUCGGCGGACAACAGCCAAUCAAAUCCAAUUAUGUCGUUCGAUCGUUAUCAGGUCACACUGCACCCGUCUACGCUCUGAACGUUUGGAGUCCCGGUUCGCUGUUUGUCUCGGGUAGUGCGGAUGCCACCGCUAGACUCUGGGACCUCCGGGCUCCUGCGCCUGUUCUCAUCAUUCAGUCGUAUUCCGGAAGUCAAGGAAGUGCAUUUGCUUCGGUAUCCGUGGAACCCGGUUGCAAUCUGCUGGCGAGCGGCCACGAGGACUCUACAGUCUCUCUGUUCGACCUACGUGGGGCCAGAUACAUCAACGCCUACCGACCGCACACAAGCGAAGUACGAAGUGUCCGCUUCUCUCCCACAGCAUACUAUCUGCUGUCCGCAAGUUAUGAUCGCCGUGUAAUUCUGACGGACUUUCACGGUGAUCUUUCUCAGCCGUUGCCCUGUGUACGUCUAGCAGAGCAUGCAGACAAAGUUAUCCAGGCUCGGUGGCAUCCGUCACAACUUUCGUUCAUUACAACCAGUGCGGAUAAGAGUGCGGUGUGCUGGGCCUUACCGGGACUGUAACGCAUCCUUUCUCGAGGUCUAGUGACAAAAGAACACCCGCAAAACACAAGCAAUGGACUGAUCGCAUUGCUCUGUUUUGCUCCAAAAAAUUCAAUCAGCAUACGUUUGUCGCCAAUGAUUGCCUUCUGUCAAUGGCUUUCUCAAGACAGCUUGCUUCGUUCAAUCUGGAACCCAGUGCUGACCUCAGAUGUGUACCAAUAUCUGGUUCUCUCUCUCCACGCAAUCGAGCAGCAAUGGGACCAUAUCCGGUGCCAAUUCGUUCAUUGCUUCUGAAUUUAGCUUACCCCCACACUCCUGUUCGUGUGAUUGGAUACCCCUCAUUCGACUCCUCUCAUCCUUUUAUAAUUUCCGAUUCAUCUUCUGUGAUAAACACCAGUGCAUCGUAUAUCCGUUCGCACAGUCAUGUUGCACCCCAUGAAUUUAGGUUGAUUUUUAGGUUUCUUUUGUUUAGUUUCCUUUCAUUCUCACCUUCAAUCGACUUGUGCCUAAGUAUCAGUGUCCUCUCUGCUGAACUGUACUCGACACCUUCGUUACUUCGUUCGCCUCAUUGAAUUGAAUUCUUCCGCCUAUCUCCUGGCGAAACUACGGUUUUCCGUUCUGAUUGCUGCUGUUCUGCAUGCGCCGCCAUUUUGUUGCAUGUCCACCUACUUCCUACCGGUUCAUGUUCGAAUCUUCCUUGCUGACUUUCUCUUUCAGCAGCACGAUUGUUACGCCGUUGCCCUGAUAAAUGCUUG